AUGAAGCCCGGCUACAGCAAGAUUUUGGUCCAUGACCAAAUUAUGAAAGACGACAGGCCAGCUCACCCGCACGCUGCUGCCUUCGACAUAGGAAUGAUGGCCUUCGGUUCUGCGCAAGAGCGUACGGAGAAAGAGUGGGAGGCGCUCAUCACUUCGGCCGGUCUCAAGAUUGUCAAGAUCUGGACAGUCCCAUCCGCGGCUGAAGGCAUUAUUGAGAUUGACUUGGCUCCAGAAAAGGCUAAGCUUUAG